UUUUAAGAGAUGGAUAUUUUCUCAAUUAUCUCAAUUAUCUGUCUUUUCUUUUUUGGCAUUGGCAUUAUGUUUUGUCAAAUAUUAACUGCAUUAGUUAAAUUUAUUAUUCGAAGAGAUUUUUGCAUAAAUUGUAUAUUUAAUAUAUUUGAUAAUAAGGGGUGUAAACGAUGCCAAAUAAAUUAUUUAAAAGAAAAUUUUACUAAUUGGAGCAGUGGGAAUGAAAAAAUUGAUAAUUUUAUUCAAAAAAGACAAUCCGAAAUUAAUGAUCCUUAUGAAACAGUACUUGAAUGGAUACCAUAUAAUCAGUUUCAUGACAUUAAUCUUUUUACAGCAAAUUGGAAAGAUGGACCAUUAUAUUGGGAUAGAUAUAUAAGAAAAUAUAACAAAAAAUCAAAUGAAGUGGUUCAUUUAAAAUAUUUGUAUAAUUUUCAUGAUAUUGAUGAAAUUCUAAAUGAGGUUGAAACACAUUCACCUAAUUUUAAAAUCUAUGGAAUAUCACAAAAUCCAGAUACGAUGGUUUACAUUAUAAUUUUUCGAGAUAAAGAUUAUUGUAUAGGAUCUUUUAAAGGUUCUAAGAUGCAAUUAGGGAUCAUAUUGAUCAAAAGACAAUGUAUUUCAGGAGCGUCCAAGAUUGAAGUGAUAGGCGAAUUAAAUCCAGUAAAUAGUGGGAUGUUGAAAUUAAUGUCAUUUAUGUUAACUUUAUCUUAGAUCGGUAAAUUAAUUCAUGUUUUUUGAAAAUGGUCGUUAGAAUGUCAAUUGAUCUUGGACAAGUCCAAAAAUGUUCAUUAGUUUCUAUAUGCGUCAUGAUCGAUGAUUUAAAUCACGCGUAAUAUAUUUGAUUGGAUAAAUAGCACGUGAUUGAAGAUCCCCACUGGUUCAAUAUCUACAAAAUCUAACGCUGGAAACUGGAAUUGGACAAGCGUUGCGUAAGUUUGACGAAAAGUUUUUUUAAU